AGUGCAAACAGUUGCAUCUAUCAUUUCUCCACGAAGCAAGUGAAAAGCUUUUCAGGCACGCGAACAGACAAUUUAAUUGUCUCCUUAUAUCAGCGUCGCGUAACUCCGAGUUAGCAUCACCAGAGCAAGCGAAAAUAGCUUUUAGUUUUUGGCGCUGGCUAGAACGGUGAAGUCGACUUUAUAAUCUCAAGAGCCACGGACCGAUAGUAAACAAAAACUGGAAACAGGUUGUUGCCAAGAACAGAAUAAGUGGAACCUGGAUUUAACAAAUAACAUUGGAUUCAUAAGUUCUUAAGUUCAGUUAAUGUUUUAAGGAUGCAAUUUAUAUUAGUAUUUUUCCUGCUCCUGGCUGGAACUUUGUAUUCCGAGCUAGAAUUAGCUGAGGGAUCCAAAAUACUGGCCGUGUAUGCCUUUCCAGGCAAAUCGCAUUUUAUGAUGCACAAUGCUUUGAUAAGAGAACUCGUCGAAAGUGGCCAUCAGGUGACCAUGGUAACUGCCUUUUCUUUAGAGAAAGAGCAGCUGGGCAGCAACUACACGGAGAUCUUGAUAGAACCGGUCUACGAUUUCUGGCAUGAUGUUAAGCUGAACUUCGGAGCCCAGCACUUGUUCGAGCUGACCCGCAUGAACAACUAUGAUUUUCUGAAAAUGCUAGAGAUUAUCGGGCUUAAAACCACGGAACAUGCCCUCCGACAACCCGGGGUUAAGGCUCUCAUUCAUGCCGAGCAGACGGACGGUGUAUUUGAUCUCCUCCUGGCCGAGCAGUUCUAUCAGGAGGCCUUCCUGGCCCUGGCUCACAUCUACAAGAUACCCGUGGUGACCACGAGUACGUUGGGCUACGAGAACCACAUGAGCCAGAUGAUGGGUCUGAUUACGCCUUGGUCUUUUGUGCCGCAUGGUUUUAUGCCCUUCACCGAUCGAAUGAGUUUCCUGGAUCGGGUGCGCAAUUCCUAUGUAUCCUUCUAUGAGGACAUGGACAGGUUGCUCAACUAUUUUCCCAAAAUGGAUGCUGUGGCCAAGGAGUUUUUUGGCCCCGUUUUGGAUGUGGUGCCAAAGGUCAGGCACAUGGAGCGAGAAAUCUCAGUGAUGCUGCUUAACAGUCACGCACCGCUGACCACGGCACGUCCCACGGUGGAUGCCAUGGUGCCAGUGGGUGGCAUGCACAUCUAUCCACCCAAGGCACUCCCACCGGACAUGCAAACCUUUCUGGACGGGGCCACCGAGGGGGCCAUCUUCUUCAGCCUGGGCAGCAAUGUCCAGAGCAAGGAUAUGCCGGUGGAAAUGCUGAGACUCUUCCUCCAGGUAUUCGGUUCACUCAAGCAGCGGGUGCUGUGGAAAUUCGAGGACGAGAGCAUUACCCAGUUGCCGGAAAAUGUGAUGGUGAGGAAGUGGCUGCCGCAGGCAGAUAUUCUGGCCCAUCGCAACGUCAAGGUUUUCAUCACACACGGCGGACUGUUUGGCACUCAGGAGGGAGUACACUACGCCGUGCCUAUGCUGGGCAUACCCAUCUACUGCGAUCAGCACCUAAACAUGAACAAGGCCGUUUUGGGCGGCUAUGCCAUUAGUCUGCACUUCCAGUCGAUUACGGAUGAGAUCCUCCGACACUCCUUGCACCAACUCAUCCACAAUUCCACGUAUAAGGAAAACGUGCAAAGGGUCUCAAACAUAUUUAGGGAUCGUCCGCAGGAGCCCCGCAAAAGUGCCGUCUAUUGGAUCGAAUAUGUCAUCAGGCAUCGAGGAGCUCCCCAUAUGCGAUCCGCUGGCCUGGAUCUCAACUGGUUCCAGUUCUAUCUGCUUGAUGUAGUAGCCUUUGUGGCCGUCAUUGGCUUGACCGGCAUCCUGGCCCUCUUAUUUGCCAUUAGAUUGCUGAUGGGCAGUAACAAAAAGCACAGGAAAAAAUGUAGAAAUGGUCUGCACUUUUUUCUCUUGAGCCUGGUCGCAUUUCAGCAACUGGACUUCAGUGACAGCUCCCGCAUUCUGGCAGCCUUCUUUUUCCCUGGAAAGAGCCACUUUAUGAUGACCAAUGCCAUUAUCCGGGAGCUGGUAAAACAAGGGCAUGAAGUAACUUUCAUCACUCCCUUCUCCUUGGCUAAGGAAAAACUGGGCACAAACUACAGGGAAAUUGUGAUUCCACAGUACGAUUUUUGGCCAGAGAUUAAGGAGAUGAGCAAUAAAAACAGCAUUCUGGAGAUGACUGAUUUGCCGAAUUUCACCUUCCUGCGGAUGGUUAAUGUGAUGGGUGCGCACAGCACUGACUUUGCGUUCGAGCAGCCAGAAAUUCAGGCCAUAAUCAAUGAGAAGAAUAAGGUUGGCAAAUAUGAUCUGCUGUUGGCAGAACAGUUCUACAACGAGGGCGCCCUCAUUCUGGGACAUCUGUACCAGAUUCCCAUCAUUACUGUCUCGACAUUCGGUCAUGCCAACUAUCUUAGCCAGCUAUUUGGAAUAGUGUCUCCCUGGUCCUACGUACCGCAUGCCUAUAUGCCGUACACCGAUCGCAUGACACUGUGGGAGCGAAUUGGAAAUGUGGCCAUUAGUGCCGCCGAGGAUCUUAGCAGGGAAUUCUCCUACUACCCCAAACAGGAUGCCGUCCUUAGGAAACACUUCUCCAAACUUCUCGAUAGGGUUCCAACUAUAAAAGAACUUGAGCGGAAUAUCUCGGCUAUUCUGUUGAACACCUACAUGCCGCUUUCUUCGGCCAGACCCUUGUCCUAUAAUAUGAUCUCAGUGGGAGGGCUGCAUAUUCAGCCCCCAAAGGCGCUACCAGAGCACCUCCAGAACUUCCUGGAUGGAGCCACACAUGGGGCUAUUUAUUUCAGUUUAGGCUCACAGGUGCGUAGUGCCGAUCUCCCGCCGGAAAAGCUGAAGAUUUUCCUAGAGGUCUUUGGCAGUCUAAAGCAGCGCGUUCUUUGGAAAUUCGAGGAUGAAACUCUGCCCAACCUGCCGGCCAAUGUGAAGGUGCAGAGUUGGAUGCCUCAGGCAGACAUCUUGGCCCAUCCGAAUGUCAAGGUGUUCAUUGCUCAUGGUGGACUCUUUGGAACCCAGGAGGCGAUGUACAAUGGAAUCCCGAUACUAGGAAUGCCCGUCUACUGUGAUCAGCAUCUGAACAUCAACCAGGGCAAGAAGGCGGGAUAUGCCCUAGGUCUGGAUUACCGGACAGUCACGGUAGAGGAGCUGCGAGGAAUGCUGCUGGAACUGAUUGAGAAUCCCAAAUUCAGGAAUAACAUGAAGAAGGCUUCACGGAUAUUUCGCGAUCGACCGCUUAGUGCUAUGGACACGGCCAUGUACUGGAUUAACUAUGUGAUCGAGCACAGAGGAGCUCCCCACCUUGUGUCCGCCGGCGUGGAGCUUCCCUGGUACCAGUUCUACCUGCUGGACAUUGUUGGGCUAGCUCUGGCUCUCAUUCUCCUGCCAAUCCUGGUUCUAAAAUCCAUCUGCCGAAGAAGUUCCAAAUCAAAGAGCUCUCCAAAGAAGAAGAAGACCAAGAGGAAUUAGAACCAAAACUUGUGUUUUAUUUUUGUUAACAAAAGAGGAUACAAUUAUGUUAGAUAGAUUUGUGCAAUAAAUUUUGGAUAAUUUCGUAA